UAGACCGAGUUGAAAGCGUAGAAAAGUUUGCCCUUUUCUCGACCUCGAAUUCGCCCUUUCGAUUGCCUUCUUCCUCUCUUUGUCCAUGGCCGGAUCCGCUCGACCCCUCCUCGCUUUCCUCCUCUUCUUCUUCCUCUGUGCCCUCACCUUUCCUCGUAACCGCGCCGCCGCGGCGCCGCCUCUCUGCCCCCGUUCGGACCUGGCCUUCCUCGACGGCAUCGAAUCUCAAUGCCCUCUUUGGAUCGAGCUGUCUUCGCCUCAGGAGGUGAGUGGAGAGACAUUUGAGAGAGAGCUAUCUGGCAAGCAAAGUGCUUAUUACUCUAUCCUUUUCUAUGCAUCGUGGUGCCCGUUCUCAUCCAAUACUCGACCUAUGUUUGAUGCUCUUAGUUCCAUGUUUCCUCAAAUAAAACAUUUAUUAGUUGAAGAAUCAUCAGUCAUGCCAAGUGUCCUCUCAAGAAAUGGUAUUCACAGCUUUCCAGCUGUAAUGCUGAUCAAUGGGACAACAAGGGUUCAAUAUCAUGGCUCAAGGGAUUUGACUUCCCUGGUCCAAUUCUACAAGAAAAAUACAGGUUUGAAUCCAGUCAUAUAUCUGGAGAUUGAACAGCUCAGUUCAGAACGUGUGAGGUCCCAUGUACCUCAUGUUGAGUCUGCAAGGGAGUUAAUAUCACAUGAACCUUACUUAACAUUCAGCAUAUUUUUCAUCUGUCUGAAGAUAAUUAUGUGCUUCUUUCCUGUGAUCUACUCCCGCAUCAAAGCUUUUUGGGUCUCACAUGCCUGGCCUCUGAACUCAAGGGUUCUUUGUGAAUCAAGUCAACUACUGGAGCAAGCGCUGCAUGUAAUUGAUGUUAAAAGGCUCUGGAGCAACCUUAGGCUCUGCAAUAAGACGAGGAACUUUCAGAAAGGGGCAAAUAAUGCCCGGGCUUGGGCAUCUUCGCUUGCUUCUGUCUCACUGAGCGAGUCAUCUUCCUCGAGACUGGCCCUCGUCGACUCGUAAUCUUCUCUUUUGAUCAUUGUGGUUAAAGAAGGAAAGCCUUUGGUGGAUUGAAUGUUCACCAUACUUUCAUAGAGCAACGUAGUUUGUUUUCCUCUAGCCGUGUAACUUUUCUUUCUCUUAACGUUAGGCAGAUGGGAAGCAAAUUACAUGUAAAUUUUUGAAUACGAAAUCUUUUUGUAUAUUAUUUACUGUGGCUGCAUUUUUAGGAAAAUGCAGAGUCCAUAGUUGUUGUUCAAUGUUAUCUUUCCUUCUGUAAA